GUUUAGUCUUUCCGCGUUUUCGCCAUGUGUCGCGUUCAGGUCGGGGGCAUGUCCCUAUUCUUGGUCCUUCUGGUGGCCAUUUCCGCCACCCAGGCGGCUGUGGUGCGCCAAUUCCCGGUCCUUGACCAGCUGCACCAUCUGGAGAACCCCAUGCAGCGAUCGGUGGUUCCCUUCGCCGACGAGGAUAACUACCGCCUGCCCAACGAUACGAUCCCGAGCCACUAUGCCGUGUCCUUGAGCACAAAUGUCCACACGGGCGACACCGUGUUCAAUGGUACCGUGGCCAUAACCCUAAGUGUUUUAACCACCACCUCGAAAAUUGUGGUCCAUGCCCGCCAGCUGGAGAACUUCACGGCCUCCAUUAUUCAGCAGGGAGUCACUGAAGCUGUGGCCCAGGAUUUGGUUUACGAAUAUGAAGAGGAACGCGAGUUCCUCAUCUUCAGCAAGACGGGACUGAGUUUUCCGGAGGACACCACAUGGAUCCUGACGAUCAAAUACCAGGGACAUCUGCGCACUGACAACGGCGGAUUCUACCUGUCCACAUACACGGAUGAGGAGGGCAACACCAAGUACCUGGCCACCACCCAGUUCGAGUCCACUGACGCACGCCACGCCUUCCCCUGCUACGACGAACCCUCGAAGAGGGCGGAGUUCACCAUCACCAUCGCCCACGAUCCGAGCUACAAUGCCAUCAGCAACAUGCCAGUGGAUAACAGCAGCACCUCCGGAGUCACCGUCUUCCAAAAGACCGUGAAUAUGCCAUCCUAUCUGGUGGCCUUCAUCGUCUCCGAGUUCGUCUUCUCCGAGGGUGAGCUGAAUGGCCUGCCACAGCGUGUCUUCUCCCGCAAAGGAACCGAGCAUGAGCAGGAGUGGGCUCUGACCACCGGAAUGCUGGUGGAGAAGCGUCUGUCCGGCUACUUUGGAGUGCCCUUCGCACUGCCCAAGCUGGAUCAGGCUGGUAUCCCUGACUUUGCCGCCGGUGCCAUGGAGAACUGGGGUCUGGCCACCUACCGUGAGGAGUACCUGCUGUACAACACGGAGAACUCGACCACCAGCACGCAGACCAACAUUGCCACCAUUGAGGCGCACGAGGAUGCCCACAUGUGGUUCGGCGAUCUGGUGGCCAUCGAGUGGUGGAGCUUCCUUUGGCUGAAGGAAGGUUUUGCCACCCUUUUCGAGAACUUGGCUGUGGACCUGGCCUAUCCCGAGUGGGACAUUUUCCAAACCUUCCACGCUGGCUCCUACCAGAGCGCUCUGGUCAAUGAUGCCAGCGCCAGUGCCCGUCCCAUGAGCCACUUCGUCCAGAAGCCCUCGGAGAUUGCCCUGCUCUACGACUCCGUUUCGUAUGCCAAGGCCGGAUCCGUUCUGGACAUGUGGCGCCAUGCCCUGACCAACACCGUUUUCCAGCGCGGCCUACACAAUUACCUGGUCGACAAUCAAUUCACUGCUGCCAAUCCCACCAAGCUUUUCGCUGGCAUUGCCAAGGCUGCCGUCGAGGAGAACUAUGCUGUGCCAGCAACCGUGGACGAGAUGAUGGGUAGCUGGACAAACCAGGGCGGAGUUCCUUUGCUGACCGUGACCCGUAACUACGACAACGGCAGCUUCACGGUUAAGCAGUCGGUGUACACCAACGAUAAGGACUAUACCAACGACAAGUUGUGGUAUGUGCCCAUCAACUAUGUGGACUACUCCAAUCCCGACUUCCGCAACACCGAGGCCACACACUAUCUGCUCAACCAAUCCGAGAUUACCAUCAAUGCCAGCCUGGACGCAACCAACUGGCUGAUUCUGAACAAGAAAUGCACUGGCUACUAUCGCGUGCUCUACGAUGCGCAAAACUAUCAACUGGUCAUCAACGCCCUGACCACUCGGCCCCACAAGAUCGAUCCCAGGAACCGAGCGCAGUUCAUCAAUGAUUUGUACCGCUUUGCCACCAGUGGCCGCGUGCCCCAUGCCACACUGCUGGAGCUGUUGACCUACUUGCCCCAGGAGGAUCAGUACUCCCCCUGGUCCGCUGCCAACACGGUGAUCACCCUGCUCAACCGCUACCUGAGCGGAGAUGCCGACUACGAGAACUUCCUGUUCUACGUACGCGAGCUGGUGAGCCUGCAGUUCGACAAGUUCGGUGUGAAUGACCACAAGGGUGACCAGCAUCUGGUGCCAUUUACCCGCAAUGUGCUGAUUAACCUGGCUUGCCUGGCGGGUCUGGAGAGUUGCCUGACCGAGACGACGGCCAAGCUGACGGCUCUGGUGGAGACGGGUACCAAGAUCGAGCCGAAUCUGCAGUCGCAGGUGUACUGCAAUGGACUGAAGCAGGCCGAUGACCAGACCUUUGACUUUGUGUUCAACAAGCUGCUGAACUCCACCGAUCAGGCCGAGCGUCGUCUGCUGAUCUCCGCCCUGGGCUGCUCCCAGAGCACCGCCCAGCUGGAGAAGUUCGUGGCCAGCAGCCUUGAGGAUGUCUUGAGGGUUCAGGAAAGGAUCACUGUGCUGAGUCCCGUCUACUCCCGUGGCGAGGUGGGUCUGCUGGUCGCCAUUGACUUCCUGCAGAACAACUGGGAGGCCUAUGGCCAGCUGAACUCCGGCUUUGGUGGCGUCAAUCCUCUGUACAGCGACAUCGUGGGCAUCUCCGCCUAUACGGUCAACGACAAGCAGAAGGCUGCCCUGCAGGAGCUGGUGGACACGGUCAAGAACACCGAGUAUGUGCCCAGCACUCUGCAGGCUAGCGUGGAUGCCAACGUGAAUGCCAACUACGCGUGGCUGGCUUCCAACAGGGAUCCCCUGAUGACCUGGGUCGCCGGAUUCCGCAGCGGCAGCUCCGCCCUGAACGCCUCCAUUUUGGCCAUUCUUGCCUGCCUUCUGGCCGCCAAGCUGUUCUAAAACGUAGUUCCUAAGUUAGUGAUAGAUGUGCACUUGUGCGCCCAAUAAAUUCCAUUAAUUCCCUAA